ACAAGCGCCUGAUGAAAGGCGGCAAGAAGGGAGCCAAGAAGAAAGUGGUUGAUCCAUUUUCGAAGAAAGAUUGGUAUGAUGUGAAAGCUCCGGCUAUGUUCAAUAUUAGAAACAUUGGAAAGACACUAGUCAUGAGGACUCAAGGAACCAAAAUCACUGGCCUCAAGAGUCGUGUGUUUGAAGUGAGCCUUGCUGAUCUACAGAAUGAUGAAGUUGCGUUUAGAAAAUUCAAGCUAAUUACUGAGGAUGUUCAGGGCAAAAACUGUCUGACUAACUUCCAUGGCAUGGAUCUUACCCAGGACAAAAUGUGUUCCAUGGUAAAAAAGUGGCAGACCAUGAUUGAAGCUCAUGUGGAUGUCAAGACAACUGAUGGUUAUUUGCUCCGUCUGUUCUGCGUUGGUUUCACUAAAAAACGCAACAACCAGAUAUGCAAGACCUCUUAUGCACAGCACCAGCAGAUCCGCCAGAAGAUGAUGGAAAUCAUGACCCGAGAAGUGCAGACAAAUGACUUGAAGGAAGUGGUUAAUAAACUGAUUCCAGACAGCAUUAGGAAAGACAGAGAAAAGGCUUGCCAGUCCAUUUAUCCUCUUCAUGAUGUCUUCGUUAGAAAAGUAAAAAUGCUGAAGAAACCCAAGUUUGAAUUGGGAAAACUCAUGGAGCUCCAUGGUAAAGGUGGUGGUUCUGGAAAAGCUACUGGUGAUGAGACAGGUGCUAAAGUUGAAUGA